AUGACAACUAUGGAGAGCUUGAUUGGGUUGGUGAACAGAAUCCAGAGAGCCUGUACUGUGCUUGGUGACUAUGGCGGUGAUGAUGACAGCUCAUUCUCUUCUCUAUGGGAAGCUCUUCCUACUGUUGCUGUUGUUGGCGGACAGAGUUCAGGUAAGUCUUCAGUUUUGGAAAGCAUUGUUGGUCGUGACUUUCUGCCUAGAGGAUCAGGGAUUGUGACAAGGCGUCCAUUGGUGUUGCAGUUGCAUAAGACGGAAAGUGGGACACAAGAGUAUGCCGAGUUUCUUCAUCAGCCAAGGAGAAAGUACACUGAUUUUGCCUUGGUCCGCCAGGAAAUUCAGGAUGAAACUGAUCGAGUAACAGGGAAGACAAAACAAAUAUCUCCUAUUCCUAUUCAUCUCAGUAUCUAUUCCCCGAAUGUUGUCAACCUAACCUUGAUUGAUUUACCCGGUCUGACUAAAGUGGCUGUAGAGGGACAGUCUGAGAGUAUUGUUCAAGACAUUGAAACUAUGGUCCGAUCUUAUGUUGAGAAGCCUAAUUCCAUCAUUCUAGCAAUAUCUCCAGCCAAUCAAGACAUAGCAACUUCUGAUGCUAUUAAACUUGCCAAAGAAGUUGAUCCCACAGGUGAAAGGACAUUUGGAGUGUUGACAAAGCUAGAUUUGAUGGACAAAGGAACUAAUGCUUUGGAUGUCCUGGAGGGAAGAUCUUACCAUCUGCAACAUCCCUGGGUUGGCAUAGUAAAUCGGUCUCAGGCAGACAUCAAUAAAAAUGUUGAUAUGAUUGUUGCUAGACGCAAGGAGCGUGAAUAUUUUGCAACCAGUCCUGAUUAUGGGCACUUGGCCAAUAAAAUGGGUUCAGAAUACCUUGCAAAGCUGCUCUCCAAGCACUUGGAGUCGGUAAUUAGGGCAAGGAUACCUAGUAUAACUUCUUUAAUAAACAAAAGCAUUGAGGAACUUGAAUCAGAGAUGGAUCAUCUUGGGAGACCCAUUGCUCUUGAUGCUGGGGCUCAACUAUACACUAUCCUAGAACUUUGCCGAGCAUUUGAAAGAAUAUUCAAGGAGCAUUUAGAUGGAGGGCGGCCAGGAGGUGACAGGAUAUAUAAUGUCUUUGACAAUCAGCUUCCCUCUGCAUUACGAAAGCUUCCAUUUGAUCAUCACCUUUCUCUCCAAAAUGUAAGGAAAAUCGUGUCAGAGUCAGAUGGUUAUCAGCCUCACUUGAUUGCCCCAGAGCAAGGUUACAGGCGCCUAAUUGAAGGGGCUCUUGGUUACUUUAAAGGCCCAGCUGAAGCUUCAGUAGAUGCUGUUAAUUUUGUUUUAAAAGAACUUGUGAGAAAAUCAAUAGCUGAAACUCAGGAACUGAAGCGAUUCCCAACUUUUCAAGCUGAACUAGCUGCAGCAGCAAACGAGGCUUUAGAAAGGUUUCGUGGAGAAAGUAAGAAGACAACUCUCCGGCUUGUAGAUAUGGAAUCUUCGUAUCUCACUGUGGAUUUCUUCCGGAGACUACCUCAGGAAGUGGAGAAAGCUGGAAGUCCUGCUCCCUCGAAUGUAGAUCGAUAUGCAGAAGGUCAUUUCAGGAGAAUUGGAUCAAAUGUCUCGUCUUACAUAGGAUUGGUGGCAGACACGCUCAGGAACUCAAUUCCAAAGGCUGUUGUUUAUUGUCAGGUCAGACAAGCAAAACAAUCUUUGCUUAACCAUUUCUACACGCAAAUAGGGAAGAAAGAGGGUAAACAUCUAUCUCAAAUGUUGGACGAAGAUCCUGCAUUGAUGGAUAGGAGACUACAGUGUGCAAAAAGGCUGGAACUAUAUAAAGCAGCAAGGGAUGAAAUCGAUUCUGUAUCUUGGGUACGAUAA